AUGAAGGGAACAGACAAUCAAUACAGCUCUGGGUCGUCACCUAAUGAUUAUGCUCUGGCAAUCAACCGUGAACUUCACGUCGCCAUGUCUGAAAGUUUUAUCUUCAAAAAGACUGCUUGUUCCAAUUGUCACAAGCGAAAGGUAUUCCAGCCAGGGCAUUACGAGUGCAGCCUCAAAGAGCCAUCAAGUAGCUACCACGUGCCCUCGGGGCCCUCGGGUAAUGUCAGUGCUCUGGAUCAUUGGGUUGUCGCACAAGAAGUCACGAGCGAGGUGCGAGUUACGAGCUACGAGCUGACUUGCGCGUUUUUACCAACAGUCCGCAUUCGAGAAAGAGGAAACACUCACUUAGAGGACGACCAGCGACAUAUACCAACAACUCAGCAAAGUCAACAUUCAGCCAAGGUGUUGCAAAGACUCCCCACGAUGAAGCACAGCCAGAACCUUUGGCUCUGGUCAGUCCAGAACAAUCCGAGCUGCAGGACGGAUAUACUAGGUCCUGUCCCGUUCAGCGAGCGCUUGGAGUCCAGUAGAGCAAUUUUUUCCGCCGAAGAUAGCGACGCUCGCUAUCGACAGUGGCUUCUGGAUGCAUAUUGCUGUCGGACUAGCACACCAACUCGGCCUACACAAAGAACCCUCUCAAGGUCCACAUCGUGGACUGCGACGGCGCAUCUGGUGGACCAUAGUGGCAGACCACGAAUGAUCAAUCUCGAGGAUAGCGACGUCUCUCCGCCCACAGCAGCCGAUUUUCAGGAGGAAAGCGAAGGAGCAGACGUCUUCAUAGCAAAUAUCCAUAUCGUUUUCUUCGUCACCCUGAUCAUCCUCACUAACGCUGACAAUCCUCUUGCGGCCCCGGUCACGUCACUGAUUGCCUCUUCUUUUAUUGCAUCUAUGUUUGCCGAGAUGCAAGAAGCUGGUGAUCUACAACGCCUGGGUCCCAUCUUCGCGUUCCAUAGCCUUGUGGCGGCACUUCCCCUACUGUCGGCCCAAAGGGUUCGUUCGGUGUCCAGCCGGGCGGCAGCCGACUUUGACAAAAUAUACAGCGCUCUUCAAGAGCUGGCUGAGAAAUGGGGUUCAGCUCGAGGACUUCUCGAACCCCUUCUGGCAGCGAAGCAAAGGAUGCACGUUACGGCCAAAUCUAGCGAUAUACUUGAACCUGUCACGCCACCUUUACGGGACUUGUUUUCGGAAUUUGGUAGCAGCGCGUGUUCGUUAUGGUGGUUGUUGCAAGGUGACGCGACCCAUUUGCAUGAGUUCGAUACAAAUGCCGAUGAUGUGAGGGCAGGCGACUAUUUUCGAGCGCUACAGGGUACAGGAGAAGAAGAAGAAGAAGAAGCUGGGACAUCGACCAGUAGGCAGCAAGACUUUAUACCGGAUGACACUACCUGGCCUUGA